GCGAGGAUGUGAUGUUUGGUGCUGGAGAUCGGGGCUGGAGUUUAGAAGCACGCGGACAAACUGUUGCUCCAGCUUUCAGGACUACAGGACUGGAUUGAGCACUAAUCCUCUACUAAGCGAUAUCUCCAUCAGAGCUGGAGGUACAAAAUCUGUGACGGUUUUAAUGGAUCUCCAAACUCACCCUGUUCCACCCUCAGACUGUUAGGAACUAAGGGACCUUACAGAGAGGUCAAUCCCACCCACAGCAUUAUCCCACCUCUACCAAAUGUUACAGGCUCACUGAAUGUCAUCUGUAAGAAUAUUGUAGGAGUUCAGUCAUGGAUCCAAACUUCUCCAAAGAUUUAAGCUGAAGGCUUGCCUCUAACAGAUGAUGUGGACGAUGAACUGACUGACCAUGAGGAACGGAACAUCCUGUAAUCUCCAGCCUUGACUCUACUGACCCUGCUAAGGCAGAACCAGGCUUUGGAUCACUUCGGACAGCCUCAAUCCUCCAGCUGAAAGGAUGGCUAAGACUUUCUACAGGCUACAGCGUUUUUUAAGGCGGGCUCGCUUACUCCUCCUCUUCCUGGGUGUGGCUUACAUCAUGGCAGGAAGUGUCUUGCUGCUCCAGCACUCCAGCGUGGCCUUGUUUCAGAGAGGAACAGACACAUCCUCAGCUUUGCCUUUUGUAAUGGCGCCCUCCAGAGCCCUGGAGGUGCCGAAUGAUGGCUGGAGGUACAGGAGAUCUGGAUCCAGAGGGACUGAAGAUAUGGAGAACAGUGUGCUGGACCUGUCAGGCAGCAGAGCUGAUCAGGAACGGUUCAUGUCUCGCAACCUAAAGAUCCGACACCUGAGACGCCACUGGAUCCAGGGCCGGAGGUCGGAGCAGGAGAAUGGAGCUGAGCACAGUCCAUCACACAAACCUACCAGACAUAAAGGAACCUACAUUGGAUGCUUCAUAAACGAUGACAAGCAGCAGCGUGCACUCGGGGGCACCGUGCUCUACGACUUCCGCAAAAUGACCAGCUCCCUGUGUCAGGACACCUGCUCGGAGAGUGGGUACCAGUUUGCAGGUCUGGAGUAUGGGACUGAGUGUCACUGUGGAAAUCGGAUCACUGCCCCCCGGGCUCGGAGCGAGGACUGCAAUCUGGACUGCAGGGGGGAGAGAGGCUCACCGUGUGGAGGCGUGGCCCGGCUGUCUGUUUACAAGGUGGAGGAGAGACUGCCCGGCCACAGGAGAUACAGGAACGUGCACUACCAUGGCUGCUUCCAGGCACUAAAGAACUCCAGCAAUGGCUUCCUGGUCCUCACCAGCCAGACCAACCUGACCUUGCAGCUGUGUGUGGAGAUCUGCACAGAUAGGGAGCUGCCAUUAGCUGUAAUGAGGAGGCGGGAGUGUCUCUGUGGCCACGCCUCCUCUCUUCUGAAAAUGCAGAAGAUCAUAGAAGGACACUUAUGUGGGAGGAACAGUCCUAUAAACCACACCCACUCCAAUGACAAGGACUUCCUGCAGGUGUACAGCACACCUGUGCUAGAUUCGAGGUGUAAGGAGAGGACGUUUCUGCCUGAGCGGUCCUCCUCACUCACAGCUCUGUCCAGUUUUCCUGGAGCAGGAAACACAUGGGUCCGCCACCUCAUUGAACUCUCCACCGGAUACUACACAGGCAGCUACUACUUUGAUGGCUCUUUAUACAACAAAGGCUUUAAGGGAGAGAAGGAUUACUGGCGGAGUGGGAGAACGAUCUGUGUGAAGACUCAUGAGAGCGGUCAGAGAGAGAUAGAGCUGUUCGACUCUGCUGUCCUCCUGAUCCGCAACCCGUACCGCUGCCUGGUCGCCGAGUUCAACCGCAAGUGUGCUGGACACCUGGGCUACGCCCCAGACACCCACUGGAAGAGCAAAGAGUGGCCGGAGUUUAUGGACAGCUACGCCUCCUGGUGGGCAUCGCAUGUUCUGUCCUGGUUGAAGUUCUCGCGCCGUUUGCUGGUGGUACAUUACGAAGUGCUCCAGAUGGACCUGCUUCCUCAGCUGAAGCUCAUUACAGCCUUCCUGAACGCCAGCAUCCCGGAGCACAGGCUGCUCUGCGCCGAGAGUAACCGCGACGGUCAUUUCAAACGCCCCUGCUCCCGCGGCCUGACCUUCGACCCCUUCACUCCGGACAUGAGGACUCGGAUAGACGGCUAUAUCCUCUCAGUGGACCGGGCGCUGAGGGACAGGAAUCUGAGUGGCCUGCCCCAGGAGUACAUGCCCAGAUAAUGAGGACGAGCGGAUAAGUGAUUAAACAGAGAGGGAAAAAAGUGCCUGUAAACCCAAGCUUGACUGACAGCUCUUCUCGUGGCCUUGAGGAGGUUUAUUUAUUUGGCAGUUCAUUAUCACACUGGCGCUUUCACUUCUCUUUCUUUCUGUCUUUCUGUUUUCCUCCGAGAUUCACCUGCCACUCAAACAAAGGUGUGGCUUUAUUUGUGGUUUGUGUGCAUUAAAAUCCUGCUGCCAAUCUG